CUCUCCUCUCCUCUGCUGCAACUCUAAAAAGUGAAAAAUCACAUUAAUCGUUCUUUCUUCUUCUUUCACAAUUAAUCCAGGCACCAGUUGCUGAUGAGAUGAGAGAGCUUCGUCUCCAUUUCCAUUUCCAUUUCUAUUUCUUGUUCGUUGGAUGAUUAGUUAUAGUUAUAUACGAUAUGCUUCGUCUCUGCAUCCGUAGAACCCGUCGCUUCCCAAUCCACACCUUCUCCUCUUCUUCCUCGUCUUCUCGCCCACUCGGAAAUCCUACCGACUCCCCGAAAAACCUCCAAAAUCCUCAACAUGUCCCUCCUCCCCCUCCAGUCCUCCUCCACCAUUCGUCCACUCUCUCCUCCACGACCACCAUCUCCGCAUCAUCCUCUGCCCUCUCUCGUAAAUCCCUCUUCGCCCUCUCUGCCAUCAUCGCCUCCGCCGUUCUAAUAUCCACCGACGUAGAUCGAUUCAAGCGCAAAACCACCGAUAUCUAUGCUGAUCUCGAGUACUCCGUCCACCGCUCCAGUGAAUCCUUCAAGAAGGUUCUCAACCAAAUGAAGAAUACCGGUGUUGCCGCCGGUGUUCUUUGGAAGUCCUUGAGUUCCGUCUUGUCGACGGCCAAUCAGGAAGUCCGUUCCGGGUUCGAGCUGAGGGUUGCUGCGCUUCUUGCCGAUAUUGCUGCCGCCAAUGAUACACGCAGGUCGGCCAUCGUUAGUGCUGGUGGUGGCGCAGUUGUGGAUUGGCUCCUCGAGACGGUUGCUUCUUCGGGAGAUAAUAACUCAGGCACCCAAGCUGAGUCUGCGAGGGCGCUUGCGCACUUGAUUGCUGACCCAAAGGUGUGCGAGGCGGUGCUUGGAAGGCCACACGCUGUUCCCUAUCUUCUCAGGUUUAUAUUCUCUUUCCAACCUCAGCGCUCCAAGAAGCAAAUUAGACGAAGUUCAUUUGAUGUUUCUGAUACUUUGAAAGGUAGGAGCAUGCUUGUUGCUGCCAUCAUGGACAUUGUCACUUCCAACUGUGAUAACUUGGACGGAACUAUGUUUCAGCCAUCGCUACCUGGGAAUGCUGAUAUGAGGGAUAUUGCAGCCGCCAUUCAAGUUAUUGAGGAAGGUGGUAUGCACUUUGAUGCGUCACAUGGGAAUGACAAUGAUAAGGAUGGGGGGAAAGGAAUUCGGGGUGUUGGAAUUAAAGUUCUUGGAGGUACAACUGUGUUGGGACUUUCAAGGACUAAUGGGUCUCAUUUGAAUUACUUGGAAUCAGUUGGGUGUAUUCCUCGACCACUUAUGUUACUUGAAAAUCGUGAUAAUUGUCUUGUGCAAGGGAAUUUGGCUCCUAGUCCUACUCCAGGCCUCUGGGAUGAUCUGCAGGGUCAACAUGUUGCCGUGCCUUUUGCAACAUGGGCCUUAGCAAAUUGGGCGUUGGCAUCAGAUGUUAAUCGAUCACAUAUUCAAGAACUCGAUCAAGAUGGUUAUGCUGUCAUGAUUGCUUUAAUGGCACCUGAAAGAACUGUGAAAUGGCAUGGGAGUUUGGUGGCUAGACUGCUGUUGGAAGAUCUUAAUUUACCCCUAACCGAUUCUGUUCCCGAUUGGAGCUUCAUUCUUCUUUCUACUGUUUCUCAGGCAAGUAAAACUGAAGAUAUUACUUUGGCUCGGAUGGCACUCUCAGCUUUUCUUGUUUCAGUCCAGAGAAGUCCUGAUGCACAAAGAGUAGUCAUGGAGAAGGGUCUUCAUCUGAUGAGAGAAACAGCUAAAAGAACUCAAAAGCAUAAGCAUGUACAAGAAGCAUUGGCGAAAGCCUUGGAAUUGCUUUCUACUGGAGACAAGCAUUUAUCUAUUGAAGAAAGUAAAAAAUGGUCUGGUAUCCUUCUGCCCUGGGUUUUUGGAAAAUUCUCCUCAGACAUAACACGGUUUUCAGCUACAAAAAUCCUUUCUCGCAUUCUUGAAGACUGUGGGCCAUACUCAAUCCCAAUUUCUCAAGGAUGGCUGGCUCUGUUGCUCAUUGAGGUUCUGGGUUCCAGCAAGACAACAUCAUUCAAAAAAAGCACACAGCUUAAGGGCGAUAAAGUGAAGACUCAAAUUGAUCAUUCAAAUGCUGCUUCUGCUGCACAGAUUGCAAGUCAAUUAGCUGGUGCUGUUGUUAAUCGUGCAGGGAAGCAGUUGAGUACAACCACUGAUUCUGUUGAUAUGUUCCCUCUGGCGGAUCUUCUUUCUCUGGAACCAUUUGCUGGGCCAUUAAAAAAUAUGAACAAAAAUAGUUCGUCUAAGUUUGAUGCUGCCGAUUCUGCAGUGGCUACAUUGAAGGGUAUUAAAGCACUGUCUGAGGUUUGCACUGAAGAUUCUAUUGCCCAAAACAAAAUAGCUGAUCUUGGAGUAUUGUGUUUGCUGAGGCGCUUCCUAUUGCGGGAUGAUUAUGAACAACUGGCUGCUAUUGAGGCAUAUGAUGCAUCAAGAGUCCGUGAGAUGCAGGACCGAACUGCACAGGACCGAACUGUAAAUGUCUCUUCUGAAGCAAAUGCUUUAGGUGCUAAUAAUUCUUCAAGUGUUCGAGUUCCUCCUACAGCACAUAUUCGAAGGCAUGCUGCUCAGCUGCUCACUGUUCUUUCUGUGCUCCCAAAGGUCCAGAAGGCUGUUGUGGCAGAUGAAACUUGGUGCAAAUGGCUUGAAGAUUGUGCCAAUGGGAAGAUCCCUGGUUGUAAUGAUCUUAAAAUUCGAAGUUAUGCUAGGGCAACACUGUUGAAUAUUUUUUGCUCUCAGAAAAUUGAUGGAAAUCCUGUAGAUGGUAGUGUUCCUGACAUAGGUUCUGGGAUCCAAAGAUAUAUGUGUCCCUCCUAUGAAGACAAGAUCUUUUUAAUCAAUCCUGAACUGCCACAUUGGAAAUCUCCUGAAAAAACUGCUUCAGGUGUAGCUCAGUCAGAAUUUCCAUCUUCCAAUAAACCAUUUUGUAAUCUAUCUGCAUAUCAUGAAGAAUCUGUUAACAGUGAUGGUGGGUCUCUAACCAGAGAUUCAAAUGAUAGGGGUAUUUCUCCUGCUACUGGGCCUGGCAAACUUUCUCAGUCAGAGGUUCCUUUACUGGAUGUUGUUUUUGUUCAUGGUCUGCGUGGCGGCCCUUUCAAAACUUGGCGCAUGGCAGAGGACAAGUCCUCGACUACUAAAUCUGGCCUGGUAGAGACUAUUGAUCUGGAGGCUGGAAAAGAGGGAACAUUUUGGCCAGGAGAAUGGCUUUCAGCUGAUUUUCCUCAGGCUCGCUUAUUUAGUGUUAAAUACAAGACAAAUCUGACUCAGUGGUCUGGAGCUAGCCUGCCUCUUCAGGAAGUUAGUUCGCUGCUGCUGAAGAGACUUACUGCAGCAGGCAUUGGGAGUCGUCCUGUUGUGUUUGUGACUCACAGCAUGGGAGGUCUGGUGGUUAAGCAGAUGCUGUACCAAGCAAGGGAAGAUAACUUGAAUAAGUUUAUAAACAACACCAUUGGAGUUGUUUUUUAUAGCUGUCCACAUUUUGGCAGCAAGCUUGCAGACAUGCCUUGGAGGAUGGGCCUUGUACUUCGUCCUGCUCCUACUAUAGGGGAGCUACGGAGUGGAUCUCCAAGACUGGUAGAGUUUAAUGACUUCAUUCGUCACCUUCAUAAUAAAGGAUUGCUAGAAGUUCUCAGUUUCAGUGAGACCAAGGUGACUCCAAUUGUUGAAGGUUAUGGAGGAUGGGCAUUCCGAAUGGAAAUUGUACCUAUUGAAUCUGCAUAUCCUGGGUUUGGUGAACUUGUUGUAUUAGACUCAAGUGAUCAUAUAAAUUCCUGCAAGCCAGUUAGCCGUACAGAUCCUUCCUACACACAGACAUUACAUUUCAUGGAGAAGCUAAAAGCCCAUUGUAGAUGAAGAGACAUGGUUUUGUAUAUGUGGCACUUGGACAUUGUGCAUAUAGCAGUGUAACCAUCUACAUUUGUGGAGUUCUGUAAACAUGAAUUCGGCUAUUAGAUCUUCAUGCACCACAUAUCAAAGGGUUGGUUGGAGAAGGUAGGUAGACGUAGAGAUACAUGUAUGUUGCAGGAGUAAGAUGACAGAUACAUGAAGAGCCGAAACAUGGUAGAGAUGAAGCCCCACUUGUGUAAAGGUCAUUCAGC